UUUAAAGACACACAACUAGAUUCACAACAACCUCUAGACUCUGGAGCGUAAACAGCUGCAGGAGCGUAUCUCUUAUUGUAAGAUGGCAUUUGAAAACAUCACCCCGGACUCAGCUGAGAACCCUUCAAACCGGAGCAGCUGCGACGUGUUUGUCUACCAGAAGUCCGCCGCGGUGCUCUUCCCCAUUUUCUACUCUGCGGUUUUCAUAAUCAGUGCAUGUGGCAACAGCUUGGUCCUCUACGUGAUCUGCCAGAGGAAGCAGAAGUUCAACUCCACCUCGGUCUAUCUGGUCAACCUCGCGCUGUCCGACUCCCUGUUCACUCUGGCACUUCCUGGACGAAUCAUUUAUUACAUCCGCCACUUUGACUGGCCCUUUGGGGACCUUCUCUGCAGACUGACCACGCUGCUCUUUUUCACAAAUACAUAUGCAGGUAUUGGCUUCAUGACCUGCAUCAGUCUAGAUCGAUACCUGGCCAUGGUGCAUCCGCACCGGCUGCAGUGUUUGCGAAGCGUGAGGGUGGUCCGCCGGGUCUCCUACGUGGUCUGGGCCCUGGUCUCCCUGCAGGUAGCCCCCCUGCUCUUCCACAGCAUGCUGCGCGAGCACCAGGGGAGGCGGACCUGCAUGGAGUACUUCAACUUCGAGGGCUCCCGCUUGACGCCGUACCUCCUGCUCCUGGCCUGUACCGUCUCCUUCUGCUGCCCGCUCGCCGUCAUCGCCGGCUGCUACGCCAAGAUCAACCUGAAGCUGCGAGCCGCGGCCAAAGCACAGCUCGCUGCCCGCUCCAUCCAGGAGGAACCACAGGGUCAACGCCAUCAUUCUCUCAUUCUCCUGACUUUUUAUCGCGUGCUUCGGCCCCUACCACCUCAACGUCAUGCAGUUCAUGUCCAGAAAGAUACACCACCAGGUGACGUGCGAGGAACUGAGGGCCUUCAAGGUGUCCUUACAGAUCACAGUUUCGCUCAUGAACUUCAACUGCUGCUUGGACCCAGUCAUCUACUUCUUUGCCAUUAAGACGUACAAGCGGCGGGUGCUGAGCCUGUUCAAGGACUAUCUGUAUGCUUCCGCCGCCUCCUCCAAAAUGACAGCUGAGAACAGCAGCAGCAACACCUGAGGGAAACCACGGCUCGGCUCCGCGGGAGGCACACAAAGAAGACCGUAGGGCCUGUUUUAAUCCCUCUCUGUGGAAAAGACUAACGAGUCUUUUCACUUGAGAUAUUGCGGCACGUUCACAUGCGGUGGAUACUUAUUAAAAUGCAACAUUUAUUCUUCCAUGUUUCUGUUUUUAUAUUUACGUACAGCUUGUUACUUUUCUUGUUAACCGUUAAACCGUAGUCCUCCAUAUAGUAAUGUGUUAAGAAAUCUAGCAUGAAUCGGUGUGUGUGGGUGGUGAGUUGGGGGGGGGGGGGGGCAUAACUGCCCCAAACGAGCUUCCGUCUGCGUCUGUAAAAGACAUUUGAGGUUAUUAAUGGAUGACAACAGCAACUUUCACUUCAUUUUUGUAGAGAAGAGAAGAGAUGUGUGCUGCCCAAGUUGAACCAAACAAUAAUAUUAGUAAAGUGUGUAAGUGGGUUGUUACUUCAUCAUUGGGCAUUGAAGCUGCUGCUAAAUACGUCAUGUGGGCUUUGUUGUUACUAAGAACCUGUUUCAUAUGGUGCAAGAAAUUUGGAUAUAGAGCGAAAUGACACCGGUUUCAUACCCACAUCUGAGUUGUGUGUGGGAGUAGCCUACGUAGCUGAGUACUGUCACCGCUUCCUCACCCACCUUUCCUGCUCCCCCUCACCCGCCUCACUCCAGCUGGGUCCCACAUCUCGUGAUUGGGCUGUGUGUGUGUGUGUGUGUGUGUGUGUGUGUGUGUGUGUGUGUGUGUGUGUGUGUGUGUGUGUGUGUGUGUGUGUGUGAAGCAGGUGCACACCCUCAGUUUGAGAGGCAAAGUGCCAUAUUUAUUUUUAACCUCCAACGUUUCCUGCGUUUUUGGAACUGGUGCCGUGUGAUUUUGCAUAAAAGGUAUAGUGCUGAAAUUGUGACGUACGGGUGUUCCGUUGGUUUGAAUAAAGUGGUAUGACUGGUCUGUUUCAUA